AUGAUCCUCCGGUUCCUUUCACGACAGAUUCGCGUGACUCUCUUCCUCAUCGCGACUCCCCUCUUCGCCCAUUCCACUUCCUCUUCCACAACAGACCCUACCGUCGACCCUCAUCCCUUAUUACUCCUCCCUCUUGCACGCGAGUCCUCCUUCUUCACAUUCACACUCCAACACGACACCCUUCUCUAUUCACUCAACAGCCAGGACCAUUUUUCGCCCCUGUCAGACACAUGGGGCUUCGAAAUUGUCCAACCCUUGGCGCCAUGGCUUUCCUUUGAUGCCGCCACACUGACAUUCUCAGGGACACCCACCAACGCAGACAUUGGGUUUCAUAACGUGCACCUCCGUGUCCUUAAAUCUAUAUCUGCCAUAUCGCCGUCAACAGCUACUACAGUAACAACGGAUAUUGUGAAUCUCCCAUUCCUGGUUGCCUCAGCAUCAGGAGUCGAUGCACCCCCCGAGAUUAUUCAGACUCUCCCCAUCUCACAACAAAUCUCCCAACAGAAGCAGGACCCACAAGAGGAACACAGACAGGAGGAGCAGCAGGAACAGCAUGAACAGCAUGAACGGACCCACCAACCACUGCAGGUACUGCAUCUGCAGCGGCGGGUGGACCAAGGUGAUUUAGCAACAAGCAGCGGGGCGAUGAAAGGGGCAGUUCCCUCGAUAUUUGAGCCCUAUGCAGAUGCAGAAGUCUGGGAAGGACAGUCCAACCCCUUGAGGAUUCAAAUCGACCCUCAGACAUUCGUUGUUGCAGCUCCAUCGACUACCGCAGCUGCAAGUACCGCUGAGGUAUCUUCAGCAGGACCUACCACCUACUAUGUCAAGAUUGACGGCUCAACCACACUCCCGUUCUGGCUCAAAUUCGACAUGUCUACACUCGAGUUUUCAGGCACGCCUCCCAUCGGGACAUACAAACGAACCACCAUCCUCACCGUGACCAUCGCCGCAUCCUCCGUUCCAGGUUACACCCAAGCAACAGACCGCUUCACCAUUAAGAUCCACGUCCAUUCACUGGGUCUAUCAACAUACCCUCUGCGAUCAUGUUCGUCCUCCAACCUCUAUUAUUCUCAGGAGUGGGACCUGGCUUGGCAAAGAUACCUCCCUGAUCUGGUUCUUGAACCCCAACAGCAGCACGUCAACUUUCAACUGGGCGCAGAUAUCUUUCGCGUCGACGGAUGUUCACAACCAGCACGCAACGCUGCGGCUGCUGCAGCUAUCUCUUCACCAACAUCAAACACAACGAGCAAAGACGAAUCAUCAACAAAAUCACAGCCUAUCCGGUAUCAGGCACCGUACAUCUCCCGGAUCAACAUGGCCCUUUCAACAGAGAGCACCCAGGAACUUUCCCUAUUCAACAACACUCUUCCGAACUGGCUCUCGUUUGACCACACCAGUUGGACUCUGACUGGGGACCUCCCUCAAGGCAUCCCUGAAAGACUUAUCCUGGACGUCGAGGUUGUCGAUUCUUUCAACACGUCUGCUGUCUUCAAGUUCCAAAUCUUCUCUAGCACUACACCUUUCUCAUUUAUUCACCCAGUUCCAGAUGUUUGGGUCAAGCGAGGCGAGUUGUUCAAUGUCGACCUUUUGCUCGCCUCACUCCUUUCAUACCCUACCGAGGCGACCGUUCUCCCAGUCGAACACAAGUUUCUCUUUGAGCCCAUCGACAUGACCCCCUUAUCUCAAGUCAACUCUUCCUCCUACAAUACGACCAUCACCAAGCUUGGAAAGAACCCUGUCAACCCGCUCUUGAACGCCCAAACCUCGUCUGGUUGUUCAUACACAGAUAUCUGGGGACAGGAGAGCGAGAACAAUCGAGAGGCUGGUCCCUCUCCGUUGAUUCCCAACUGGUUCAAUCGCACCUCUUUCACAUCGAACCUGCCCACACCAUCGCCACCGUCAACAACAACAACUCCCUCUGAAGCGGGCAAGAUCGAACUCCAGGGUCAUAUUCCUUGUGACAUGAUCCUUCGUGUCCGGUGGCUUGUACGCAACAGCCUAGGCCAACUGGCCUCGACCGAGUUUAUGAUCUGGGCAAACGACCAAGGACCUUCCCACGUCGUCAAACCCCACGUCGACGAACCCAAUAACCUGCACCACGGCAUCAUUGGCCUCAUUGGCGUGAAGAUUGCAGUGGGUAUUGCUUGUGCGACACCAGUCAUGAUCGCCAUCUGGUUCAUGAUCACACGGUACUGCAAGCGGUUGAGGAGACAGGAUGGAUCCAUCAAGCCAACGAUGGGCGAGGAUUUGGAGGGAGGAUGGAUCCGAUCUCUGAGUGGUGGUGAUGAGAAUGGCGGUAACGGAUUGGAUGUAAGAUCGCAGCGUCGUCGACAGCCUACGUCUGAGUUCUUACCGAACGGCGAGCCAGAGUACCGGUCGAGCUAUGAGGAUGACCCUUCGGUUGGACAUCAUGACAGUUACAGCGAAAAGUAUGUCGCCGAGCACGGUCCACAUAUCUAUACGACGACAUCGGGCGAUGAAGGCGAGGGCAGUGGUAGUUCUAAGCGGACCUCGAUUCUUGGAUGGAUCUUUGGGGACAGGAACCCUGGUGAAGAGGAACUGUCUGCUGCUGCAGCGGCAGCAGAGAUGAAUCGGCGGCGGAUGAGUGAGCCAUUGACGUUCAGUCUGAAGAGAAUCUCGGUCGGCUACCCUUUCGAAUCCAACAGGUUUGGAUUUGUCAACGGUAACAGGACCAGUCUCUAUGACUCUGGUGCAGGCACCUCCACCAAUGCCUCCAGCCCUUCAGCUCCCACCCAACAGAACAACACUACCGAGCCAGGUCAAGUCGCCUCUGGCACAAAACCAAGCUCCAAGCCUCCCUCAGCGUCGGUAUCAAGAAAGCUAUCCAACAGGAGUUCUUCUGCCUUCAAGAAGGGGUCCAAGCGUCUCUCCAAGCUGGUCAAGGACAAGGAUGCCAUCAAAGACCAUGCGACAAAGCGAGAUGCAACAGCGGCAGCGGCAAGACAGCUGGGUGUGAAUUCUGCCUACCAGACUGUACGACCAUGCCAUUCGUUCUUGUCGACUGGAACGGGGUACAUGGCGAGUAUGAGCGAGUGCAACACUUCGAUUGAUGAGCGACAAGACAGCGGGCGGAACUCUGAUGAGGAGACGGAGGAGGACCGGCGGGUGGAUCGAUCGAAUGCGGAUAAGGAGAGUCAGAGACCAUGGACACCAUCGACCUUCUUGAUGAGGCCCAAGGGGUUGCGACCCAACCGGGAUGUGGAGUUUGUUGGAGGUAGUGAGGAGAGCGAGCCAGAGUAUCGGGGCCUGAGUGAGGGUAUUCAUCGGUCUGACUCUGGGGCAUUGAUGACUGGUUCGAGCAGCAUGGCGUUCUCUGAGCUCGUGAAGGACAGUCCUCGCAGCAACACCAAGGCACCCCCAUCGAUCAAGACUUCCUUCCUGGACCUGGGCCGUGCUUCUUCAACACCUCUUCCUUGUUGGACAUCGGCUCUGCAGGUCCCUGGCCUCGAUUCAGACAGAGACAGCACAGCAUCACUGUCAUCGACCCGUACAGCGCCUGUCACCGGAUCGGAGGUCCUUUUCACAAAGGAGCGUCAGUCAAGUGUCCACGCAGGUCCCGGAUCCUUUCAGCGCCGUUCAAUCGUCGAGUUCCUGCAGUCGAACGACGACCCCAUUUCGCCUCUCUCUGCCUUCUCUGCCAGCUUACCCUCCUGGUCUCACGUUGCUGAGUCAUCCUCCUCCCUCAGCAGCAGCAGCAGCAACAAGGGCAUUCUCAAGAACAGUGCGCUGUCGUCACAAGAGGAGAGCAGCAGUGCCAGUGACGAGAACCGUGAUUCGAUCUACUCGAUCGGCAAGGAGGGGCCUCACGAGAUUACCAAGUGGAUGGUUGUUCCUAGCAACCAGACAUUCAGAAGCGUUUCUGUGCGCAAGAAUAAUAACAGCGGUGAUAAGGAGCAGAAGGAGACGUCUGAGUGGAUCUCAGACCCGGUGAUGUGCGAGAGUGGGAUGGCGAGGGAGGAAACGCAUGGCAAGGCUGUUGAUCGGAACCAGGAUGAGUAUGACCAGCGCCAUCGCUCUCUUCCUUAUGAAAUUGGAACUGUUGACUCGCCAUUGCCACCACGCCAGGCGACUUUGGCCUCAUCCAAGGAGUCCUCUUCAGCCACUCCUCCUGUAAUUCCCACAAGCCCUCCCUCGCGCUCCCUCAGCAACGGGCUCUCUCACAUGUCCUCGAUCCACCACCAACCCUUAAUUCGCCACUCAAUGGACCGCAUGCGCCCCGUCUCCUAUCCAAUCCUCGAAUCCGCCCCUAUCGCUAAUGCAGUGACCCCCCGCCGGUUCGUCAAAGCAGCCAUCGGCACCGCCUUCCACUCAACCUCCUCCAUCCGAGACCCCAUGGCGUCUCUGUCGUCGAUUGAUGUUGAGCGGGAGGAUUUGGCGGCGAGGCCUAGGCGCAAAUUGCCGGAGUGGAUUCAAUUCAAUAGCAAGAUGCGGUCUCUUUGGGGGCGACCUAUCCCGGGCACUGCUGGCGAAUGGCAAGUCAGUAUGGUCCAGACCCAGCUUAUUCCCUCCACGACAGAGACAGCAACAGCAGCAUCAACAACAGUGCUUAUGAUGGUGACUCCCUCUCCCUCCACGGCUUUGACAUCCUCUACCGUUGCCGCUUCAGCAGGUCCUGUUGUUAUGACAGGCGGACAACAUCCUACUUCAGGCCAACAAGGAUUAGGCGCAGCAACAGAGGCGGGCUCGUCUUUGGAAUCAGCCUUGGAAGGGGAGCAGCAGCAGAAAAAGGAGGCUAUUGUGGAAGGAGAGGGGCUGCAGACCCAGGAUGUUGAAGUCGAGUUGGUUGUGUUACUUGUCCGAGAACCGGGCGAGACCCCUCUUUCACCAUCCCUGGGAGCGACCCGAUCUCGAACCUUUCCUAGCCUUGUUCAGGCUCAAGACCCGGCAUCACAAGUGCAGGUGCAGGUGCAAUUGCCGCCACCGUCCUCUUCUAGAUUGUCGACGAUGUCAUCCUCUCUGACAGCUCCUUCCUUGGCCACACCCGAUUCGCCGCCCGCUUCUUUCAUCGGACAGAACGAGGUCCAGAGCCAGGGCAAUACAAAGAUCACUGUGGCGACUCCUGUGGUGGUCGAGAUGGUUGCAGCGGUGAAACCAUCGCUGGUGUCACCGAUUUCACCUAUCUCGCCGCUAUCGGAUAGCGUUAGCGCUGCUGCUGCUCCAUCUCCAUCAUCAUCUGCAUCGCCCCCUUGCUUGCAGCAAGGCCAGCAGCAGCAAGAACAACAACAACAGCAGCAGCAACAACAACAACAACAGUCCUCAGCCUCAGCUACUACAGCUACCACUACGAGCAAGGCCGUGUCGAUUGCCAAUGACGGUUCAAGUAGUCUAGGACAGAGUCCUCCUCGUUCUAGUGCUGCGCGUGCGGUAGGCCAGCGAGUGCUUGCGGAGCGCCGUAGGAUAGAGGCAAUGAUGAUGAAAAGUCAGCAAGGUCAGUGA